CUGGAGCUCCGGAGCAGCCUUCCCUGGGAGAGUUGCCCCUGCCUUUCUCCGCCCUCCGGCCGGGCCUUGCUUCGCUGCCCGCCUGCCCAUGUCCCCGACCUUCCGCGGGGCGGGCGCCCUCCCACCCCACCCCGUGGUCCACCUUUGCGCCGCUCUCUGCCCUCCUAACCCCUCCAGCUGCGACGGCCCCCCAGGCCUUUCCUUUGGACCGGCCUCCACCCCAUCGCAGCCUCGGAUCCCCUUUUCCUUCUUAACUUUGGAUCCAGAAGCCGACUUCACCCCACGGCCCCCAUCCCAGUGGCAGCCCCUCGGCCCCUCCCUCCUCCCGCCACCCAGCUCCUAGUCCUCAGCCCUCACCCACCCCGGGGCCCUCCAUCUCCCCUUCUCCCCCCACCACUGUGCUCCCUGCCUGCCUGGCUCGCCCUCUCUUCUCCCCUGGCCUGGCCGUCGUCCCCGGUUCCAGGCUGGGUGGUGCUCGGGCCUGCAGGGUAGGCCAGGGUGGCCCCCGGUUCUGGGGCCGGCGGGGCUGCUGCUUCCUCCCCAUGGCACUGCCAUCACUCCUGCUAGUGGUGGCAGCCCUGGCAGGUGGGGUGCGUCCUCCCUUGGCUCGGAACCUGACGCUGGCGGUGGUGCUGCCAGAACACAACCUGAGCUAUGCCUGGGCCUGGCCCCGGGUGGGUCCGGCCGUGGCACUAGCCGUGGAAGCGCUGGGCCGGGCACUGCCCGUGGACUUGCGGUUUGUCAGCUCCGAACUAGAUGGCGCCUGCUCCGAGUACCUGGCACCCCUGCGCGCCGUGGACCUCAAGCUGUACCAUGACCCCGACCUCCUGCUGGGCCCCGGGUGCGUGUACCCCGCCGCCUCUGUGGCCCGCUUUGCCUCCCACUGGCGCCUUCCCUUGCUGACGGCGGGGGCUGUGGCCUCUGGUUUUGCGGCCAAGAGUGAGCAUUACCGGACCCUGGUGCGCACCGGCCCCUCCGCGCCCAAGCUGGGUGAGUUCGUGGUGACGCUACACGGGCACUUCAACUGGACGACCCGCGCGGCCCUGCUGUAUCUGGACGCUCGCACGGACGACCGGCCUCACUACUUCACCGUGGAGGGCGUCUUCGAGGCCCUGCAGGGCAACAACCUCAGCGUGCAGCACCACGUGUACGCCCGUGAGCCGGGGGGUCCUGAGCAGGCCACCCACUUCAUCCGGUCCAACGGGCGCAUUGUGUACAUCUGCGGCCCUCUGGAGAUGCUGCAUGAGAUCCUGCUUCAGGCCCAGAGGGAGAACCUGACCAAUGGGGAUUAUGUCUUCUUUUACCUGGAUGUCUUUGGGGAGAGUCUCCGUGCAGGCCGGCCUUGGCAGGACAAUCGCACGUGGGAACAGGCCCAGGCCCUCAGAGAGGCCUUUCAGAUGGUUUUGGUCAUCACAUACCGAGAACCCCCAAACCCUGAGUAUCAGGAAUUCCAGAAUCGCCUUCUGAUAAGAGCCCGGGAAGACUUUGGUGUGGAGCUGGCCCCCUCCCUGAUGAACCUCAUCGCCGGCUGCUUCUACGAUGGGAUCCUGCUAUAUGCCGAAGUCCUGAAGGAGACAAUACAGGAAGGGGGCACCCGGGAAGAUGGACUUCGAAUUGUGGAAAAAAUGCAGGGACGAAGAUACCACGGUGUAACUGGACUGGUUGUUAUGGACAAGAACAAUGACCGGGAGACCGAUUUUGUCCUGUGGGCCAUGGGAGACCUGGAUUCCGGGGACUUUCAGCCUGCAGCCCACUACUCAGGAGCUGAGAAGCAGAUUUGGUGGACGGGACGGCCUAUCCCCUGGGUGAAAGGGGCGCCGCCCUUGGACAAUCCCCCCUGUGCCUUUGACUUGGACGACCCAUCCUGUGAUAAAACUCCAUUUUCAACUCUGGCAAUUGUGGCGCUGGGCACAGGGAUCACCUUCAUCAUAUUUGGUGUUUCCAGCUUUCUCAUCUUCCGAAAACUGAUGCUGGAGAAGGAGCUUGCUAGCAUGUUGUGGCGCAUUCGCUGGGAAGAGCUGCAGUUUGGCAAUUCAGAGCGAUAUCACAAAGGUGCAGGCAGUCGCCUCACACUGUCACUGCGGGGAUCCAGUUACGGCUCGCUUAUGACAGCCCAUGGGAAAUACCAGAUCUUUGCCAACACCGGUCACUUCAAGGGAAAUGUUGUUGCCAUCAAACAUGUGAAUAAGAAGCGCAUUGAGCUGACCCGGCAGGUUCUGUUUGAACUCAAACAUAUGAGAGAUGUUCAGUUCAACCAUCUCACUCGCUUCAUUGGUGCUUGCAUAGACCCUCCCAACAUUUGCAUCGUCACUGAGUAUUGUACUCGUGGGAGUUUACAGGAUAUUCUGGAAAAUGACAGCAUCAACUUGGACUGGAUGUUCCGUUAUUCACUCAUUAAUGACCUUGUUAAGGGCAUGGCCUUUCUCCAUAACAGCAUUAUUGCAUUCCAUGGGAGUCUCAAGUCCUCCAACUGUGUGGUGGAUAGUCGUUUUGUGCUCAAAAUCACAGACUAUGGCCUGGCCAGCCAUGCCCUCUAUGCCAAGAAGCUGUGGACUGCCCCAGAGCUACUCAGUGGGAACCCCUUGCCAACCACAGGCAUGCAGAAGGCGGAUGUCUAUAGCUUUGGGAUCAUAUUACAGGAGAUAGCACUUCGCAGUGGUCCUUUCUACUUGGAGAGCCUGGACCUUAGCCCCAAAGAGAUUGUUCAGAAGGUCAGAAAUGGUCAGCGGCCAUAUUUUAGGCCUAGCAUUGACCGGACCCAACUGAAUGAGGAACUAGUUUUGCUGAUGGAGCGAUGUUGGGCGCAGGACCCAGCUGAGAGGCCAGACUUUGGACAGAUUAAGUGCUUCAUUCGCCGCUUUAACAAGGAGGGUGGCACCAGCAUCCUGGACAACCUGCUGUUGCGCAUGGAGCAGUAUGCCAACAACUUGGAGAAGCUGGUGGAGGAACGCACGCAGGCCUAUCUGGAGGAGAAACGCAAGGCUGAGGCUCUGCUCUACCAAAUUCUACCCCAUUCAGUGGCAGAGCAGUUAAAACGGGGAGAGACUGUCCAGGCGGAGGCCUUUGACAGUGUUACCAUCUACUUCAGCGACAUAGUUGGCUUCACAGCUCUGUCAGCAGAGAGCACCCCCAUGCAGGUGGUGACACUUCUUAACGACCUGUAUACCUGCUUUGAUGCCAUAAUUGACAACUUCGAUGUCUACAAGGUGGAGACGAUUGGAGAUGCCUACAUGGUGGUAUCUGGUCUCCCGGGCCGAAAUGGUCAACGCCAUGCCCCGGAAAUUGCUCGUAUGGCCCUAGCAUUACUGGAUGCAGUUUCUUCCUUCCGCAUUCGCCACCGACCCCAUGACCAGCUGAGGCUACGGAUAGGGGUCCACACGGGGCCCGUCUGUGCUGGGGUCGUUGGCCUGAAGAUGCCCCGCUAUUGUCUUUUUGGAGACACGGUGAACACUGCUUCCCGAAUGGAGUCUAAUGGUCAAGCCCUGAAGAUCCAUGUCUCCUCCACUACCAAGGAUGCACUGGAUGAGCUAGGAUGCUUCCAGCUAGAGCUUCGGGGGGAUGUGGAGAUGAAGGGAAAAGGAAAGAUGCGAACUUACUGGCUCCUAGGAGAGCGGAAAGGACCCGCUGGACUUCUGUAAACCCCAAUUCUUUUCAAGUCAGUCUCCUGCUACUGGUACCUGGGUAGGCAGUGGCUAUCAUCUCUCCAUACACCAGACAUGGACAUUGUCAUAUGGGAUGGAAACCAGCGUGCACAAAAAUCCUAUCUUAUAUGGAAGUUCUUGACCUUUGAAGCUCAGCCUUGUACAUAUACCUGCUCCUCUUUGGCCUGGUCCCCUUCUUCCCUACCUUCUGUAUAUAUCUGUAUCUAAACCAGAAUAUUUUGGUCAAAUAUAAAACAAACAAAAAA